AUGGGAGACUGGAAUUUCCUCGGAGGCAUUUUAGAGGAGGUUCACAUUCAUUCCACUAUUAUUGGAAAGAUCUGGCUAACUAUCCUCUUCAUAUUUCGAAUGCUUGUCCUUGGAGUGGCAACUGAGGAUGUCUGGAACGACGAGCAGUCAGAAUUUAUAUGCAACACCGAACAACCUGGUUGCAGAAAUGUAUGCUACGAUGAGGCCUUUCCCAUCUCUCUCAUAAGAUACUGGGUCUUGCAAGUUAUAUUUGUGUCUUCCCCUUCCUUGGUGUAUAUGGGUCAUGCCUUAUACAGACUAAGGGCCUUGGAAAAAGAAAGGCAAAAAAAGAAAGCUCAGGUAAGAGUAGAACUGGAAAGCACUGAAUUGGAAAUGACUGAAAGUCGGAAAAGGCUGGAGAGAGAACUCCGGCAGCUGGACCAAAGAAAGCUGAACAAAGCACCCCUGAGAGGCUCUCUGCUCUGCACUUACGUGAUACAUAUUUUCACAAGAUCAGUGGUGGAAGUUGGGUUUAUGAUAGGGCAAUACCUUCUGUAUGGCUUCCAUCUAGACCCCCUUUAUAAAUGCCAGAGAGAUCCGUGCCCGAACACAGUCGACUGCUUCGUAUCCAGGCCAACAGAAAAGACAGUGUUCAUUUUAUUCAUGCAGUCAAUAGCAGCUGUGUCACUGCUGCUAAACAUCCUGGAAAUCAUCCACCUAGGGGUUCGGAAAAUUAAGCUAGGACUGUGUGGGCAAAAUAAAAACAAGGAUGAUGCUGAUAAUUUCUACACCCACAAAUCUAAGAAGCACUCUGUGAUCCCACACUCUUGCCUGGGAAUCUCCACCGGCUCGCAGAAAAACCUUCCGUCUGCAGUCAGCGGUUACACUUUCCUCCUGGAAAAGCAAACUGACACUGCCAUCUACCCGGUUCUAACUUCUCCUCUCCUGUUUCAGUCCAUGCAAAAUAACCACACAGAAAAGAGCAGCAAUUGCACCCAUCACAAUCGGGAAAAUAAGCUGCCAAAGAAGGGGGCAGCUCCCAACGCUUUAGAUAAUCAGCCUCAAAACGCUAGCACAGGCUUGCUGGGCAAGCUGGGGAACGAAGCGCAAGGUGCACAGAAAAAAGCUGAGCAGAAACAUUUCCUUGUCGCCUCUCAAGAUGCUUCGAGCACCUGCUUGAGAGGCUUUGCUGAAAUGCCAUCUCAAACUUCACUGCAGCCUGAGACGACUUUUCCUGCUGCCAGCUUCAGAAGCCAACAUAGAAUCGGUUCGUCUUGGCACUGCUCGGCAGUGGCUGACAACGAAGGAGCCUCGACAAAUUCUCUUGUGAAGAACAGCAGAAGACAAAGCGGUUUGAGUGCAAACAAAGCCCAACCUCCUUACAAUAGUGAUGUAAAAUACUCUAGCCGACCAGAUACUCCUGACUCUACAGGGGAGGUGAGCUCAGAAUCUAAACAGAGUAGGAACUGUGAUAGUCCUAAGCCUUUCUCCCUGUCUAGGCGACUGUCGCUGUCAAGCAAUGCCAGCAGCAGGCGUGCGCCCACUGAUCUGCAGAUCUAGUGUGAGCUAACCCCUUAGUUCCACUUGUCAGUGCUGGGACAGUUACUGAACACUGCUG